AUGAGGUCUCUGGUCUUCGUUCUGCUCAUCGGAGCUGCUUUUGCCUUGGAGGAGGACAAGAUUGUCGGAGGCUAUGAGUGCACGCCACACUCCCAGGCCCAUCAGGUGUCCCUGAACUCCGGCUACCACUUCUGUGGAGGCUCCCUGGUCAGCGCGGACUGGGUGGUGUCUGCUGCUCACUGCUACAAAUCCCGUGUGGAGGUGCGUCUUGGAGAGCACAACAUCAGGGUCACCGAGGGAAACGAGCAGUUCAUCCGCUCCUCUCGUGUCAUCCGCCACCCCAACUACAGCUCCUACAACAUCGACAAUGACAUCAUGCUGAUCAAGCUGAGCAAGCCCGCCACCCUCAACCAGUACGUGAAGACUGUGGCUCUGCCCACCAGCUGUGCCCCCGCUGGCACCAUGUGCAAAGUCACUGGCUGGGGCAACACCAUGAGCUCCAGUAAUGAAGCUCCAAACAAGCUGCAGUGCCUGAACAUCCCCAUCCUGUCUAAGAAGGACUGUGACAACUCCUACCCCGGCAUGAUCACUGACGCCAUGUUCUGCGCUGGAUACCUGGAGGGAGGCAAGGACUCCUGCCAGGGUGACUCCGGUGGCCCCGUCGUGUGCAACGGUGAGCUGCAGGGUGUUGUGUCCUGGGGCUACGGAUGUGCUCAGAGAGACAACCCCGGUGUCUACGCCAAGGUCUGCAUCUUCAACCAAUGGCUGGAGAGCACCAUGGCCAGCUACUAA